AUGAGAGCUUCAUUUCUUAUCGCAGCCAUUGGCUUCCUCGACCAGCUACCAUGUUCGGCUGCACAGACAUUGAACAUCGUUGCGCAUCAGGACGAUGACCUACUCUUCCUCAGCCCCGACAUUCUGCAUGAAGUUCAAGCUGGUCGCAGAGUGCGCACCGUUUUCCUAACUGCAGGCGACGCAGGGGAAGUUUCCACGGGCUACUGGGAGCAGCGUCAGGCGGGCUCUCAAGCCGCAUACGCGCAGAUGGCCGAUGUAAGUGACAUCUGGACGCAAUCGGACGCUGGCAUUGACGGGAAAAACAUUCCCGCCUUUACACUUGCCGGAAAUCCAGAUAUCUCCCUGGUCUUCCUGCAAUUGCCGGACGGCAAUGGUGUCGGAGAUGGAUUCCCGAGUACCGGAAGUACCAGCCUCCAGAAACUCUGGCAGUCGGAAAUCAGUAGCAUCCAAACGGUGAAUGGAUCGACCAGCUACACAAAUGACGAGCUCAUUGAUACACUGGCGAGUUUGAUGAGUGAUUUCAGUCCGGAUCGGAUCAAUACUCAGGACUACACCCAUGAGUAUGGUGGUGGUGACCACAGUGACCACUACACCACGGCGUAUUAUGUUCAACAGGCAGCCGAACGAUACUCCACCACUCAUACUCUGACUGGGUACACGGGGUACCCGAUCCAAUCGAUGGCACAGAACGUGUUUGGCGAUGAUCUCCAGGUCAAACAAUCCGCGUUCUUCACAUACGCUGCGCACGAUUCCAAAGUUUGCCAUGACGUAGCCAGCUGUGGUGAUGGCAACGAGGCACAGUGGCUGCAGCGACAUGGUCGGAAGUGGAAAGACCAGGAGUACGCCAGCAGAAAUGACAGUGUCGCAACCCAUCUGCAGAAUGUUGCGCGCAACGCAACGGCGAUCGCAUCUUCGCACGAUGCGGACCAUGGCCAGACAGCGGGAAAGGCCCUGGCUGGGAGCACUUUGAAGCUUACAUGGGCCAAACCACAGUCGAUCUCCGAGGUCUAUCUCUACGACCGUCCCAAUGUCAAUGAGCAAGUCACCGGUGGCAUUCUUCAAUUUGAUGAUGACAGUACCAUUCCCGUUGGUGCACUGGACAAUUAUGGGAAACCAAACAGGAUUCCCUUUGGGGAGAGAACCACGCGCAGUCUCUUCUUCAUGACUGACCUUCAUCCCCAGGGCGAACAACGAAUUUGUCGGCAAAAUAGCCCUUCAGGCCCAGGGACAAAGACCACCACCAAGUCGGAUGUGAGGGUUUCCCAUGUCGUGGUACAUAGGUCGUGUAUUGGGUAUGCAGUCCAGGAAGACGAUAUCAAAGAACGACUUGUAGACGGCCCAGUGCGUAGGGAUGAUGUCGACUCCCGUGAAGAUCACUGGCCUGCGCUGAUUGAGCUGUUCCUUACGCGAGUCAUGUUUUCGGUGGUCCAUAAUGAGCACUCCAAAGAUUACGCUGUACACCAGCACCAGUGUCCCUGGGCGCACCGUGCUCAUAUUGCCCUCAAGGAACUGGGACUGGACUACGAGGAAGUCAUCAUUGACCUGACCAAGCCGCGAGAGUCGUGGUAUCUGGACAUCAAUCCGCGCGGCCUUGUCCCCUCCAUCACCUAUGGUGAGCACAUCAUCACGGAGUCCGCAGUUGUUGCCCAAUUCCUGGCCGACGCCCAUCCGUCGCACCUCCUCCCUCCGUCCAACAGCGAGAACGGUGCCAUCCAACGCGCUCGCAUCGCCUUCUUCGUCGACACGUUCUUCAGCAAGGUCCAACCCCACUUCCAGACGUCCUUGCGGGCCUCCACCUCGGAGGAACGGGACGCUGCUGCGGAGGCACUUGUCGCUGCGAUCCAAUCGGAACUGGAGCAUCAGUUGCCGGAGGGUUCGGAUGGCAAAGGUCCGUUCUUUGGCGGUAGCGAGAAGCUGACCUUGGCCGAGGUGCUGACCGGUUCAUUCCUUCUGCGCAUUCUCUCCUUCCACAGACACGGGUUGCUGAGUGAGAAGGUCCCGAGCUUGCUGGAGGACACGCCGCGGUUCAAACGGUGGGCGGAAGCAACCGUGCGGCAGGAGAGUGUGAACUAUAUUUGGGACGAGAAGGUGUCAGCGGAUGCGAUCAAGGCCAAGCUGGCGGCACUCGCAAGGAAGUGA